AUGCGUCUUCUUUUUCCUCUAAUUUCUGCUGCUUGCCUAUUGUUGCCUGCUUUGGCUGCUCCGGUCGAAAGCAUCGACGAAGCUGACUUGGAUGUCUCCGAUGUCUCCGGCGUCGAUUACGCUUCGCAGGACGAUCCGCAAUAUGCCGCACAGUAUGCUCCUGUUGAAGAGCAGGAUACUAUUUGGCCAGCUGCUCCACCUCCAUGGCGUCCUACUUGGCCUCCCCCACCCCCAUGGCGCCCUACCUGGCCUCCCCCACCUCCAUGGCGUCCUACCUGGCCGCCUCCUCCACCUAUAUGGCGUCCUACCUGGCCUCCUACUCCAUGGCCUCGUUGA